GCUAACCCUUGAAGCGGUGAAAAGAAGACAAAAAAACUAAGUCUCUGUUUCUCUCUCUAACAUAUUGUUGUGUUAGGACUCUGCACAGCAGCCAGGCGCGCCUCCAACUCCAAGCUCCUCUUCCUCUUUCAACGCAACCAAAUAUAUCUGGUGAAUCCUUCAUGGCUAAAGUUUCAGUUUGGCCCAUCAAAGAUGCAGACCUCCUCCUUGCUCUCUUGGGUUUAGAGAAAUUACUGUUAUUAGCAAGUCUGGAGAUUGCACAUUGACUAGCUUUGCUGGCCUUAAGAUAUUCUGAAGCUGUUACUUUGGCAGCCAUGGGAGAUCCUGAAGCCCCACAAGAAUUGGAUCAGUCGACAAAACUCACUGAAGAAAAUGAAGAUGUAGAUCUGAGAAAAGAGAGCGAGGAAGAGGUGGGAGAAUGUGGUUUUUGUUUGUUCAUGAAGGGGGGUGGGUGCAAAGAUGCCUUUGUAGCAUGGGAGAAUUGUAUCCAAGACGCAGAGAACAACAAUGAGGAUAUCGUGGAGAAGUGCUUUGAGGUGACUGCAGCCCUGAAGAAAUGUAUGGAAGCUCAUCCUGAUUACUAUGAGCCGAUUUUGCAGGCAGAGAAGGCUCAAGAAGAGGAGGCCAAGAAGAGCUCACAUGAAGAAAAAGGGUCUAACAAUUCUGAAUCAAAUGUGACUGACAAGGGUCAAGAAGAGGAGGCCAGGAAGAAACCAGACGAAGAAAAAGUGCCUAACAAAUCUGAAUCAAAUGUGGCUGAGAAGGAAACAGAGUAGGCUGGAACUUGGUAGGAUUUACACUUUUGAAGAGGAUACUACAAUUUCAUUUUUGUUGGUUCAACGGGGUUUUCCCCGGGAAUGAAUGAAUGCAGGAAUGCAGAUAGGCUUAUUUAAGAAUUAACUUGCUUCAGUACUUACAGCAGUCUUUAAGAGAUAUUGAGCAUCGGUGUAGAACUCUUGAAACUGAGAGAAAUAAAAAGGCUCGGACACAGCCAACAAAACAGCUUUGAAGUCGUUUUUAUUUUCAUUCUUUUGAAACAUUAAACACUUGUAAGUUUAAAUGUGACAAAAGUAAAGCCACAACUUUUCACCUCGGAA